CGCUACUAUUUUUGUACCCGCACAGCGCCGUAGGUCAGAGCUCAUCAGCGACCUUACGGACAAGGAUGUUUCUGAAAUGUCAUAAAAAAAUAUAUAUUUUUCCUUGUGCAAUAUAUUGCUAUUAUCGCUUCUGAGGGUGGAUGUCUGUGGGAUCAUUAUGCCAUGUGGCUAGGCUACGCCAUCUCUCCCUAGCCCUCCAUAGGCAGUUCCUCAGAGCUCGGCAUCUGCACAACGCUUAUGGAGAACCUGAAACGGAGGGACUCGAUGAGGAGGACGGGGGGGAAGGGGUACAUCCCGGGGGCUACAGGUUACAGUACAACCCCUCCUCUUACUAUCGGCCCCAGCAUGACCCUGGAGCCUCCCUGAGCAGGUUGGAGAUGGAGGAGCAGUGUCAGUCCACCGUCACCUCUGCAUUCAGGCAGCAGAGUAACCGCUACAGUGUCAGCUCCUCACGCCGCCUAUCCAGCACCAAGAACACUCUGCUGGACCUGGCCUUCAACAGAGGCACUGGGGCUAAGGCAGAAAGGGCACCCCCCUACCGCACAGAAUCCCUAACCCCAGACGUCAAAGGCGACCCCCGUGCCUUCCAGACAUGCCGCCCAGAGUACUCAGCCAUGACCCUUGACCUGUCCCAGCGGCCUGCCCCAGUCCAUUCCAAGCAGGCCUUUUUCCUGCUGCACAAAGUAACCAUCCUGAAGGGCAGCAUGGAGCCUGUGGACGUAACCGGGUUCCUCACCAAGCUUAGCCACCUGCACCCUGACCAGACACCUUUAGUGAGGGGUGACACGCGUUUCAUCAUGCUGCUCCGCUACUCAGUGGAAAACCUGAGUCACUUCAGCCACUCCCAGCUACUGAAGGUGCUGAGGUCUUUUGUUUGGCUGGGCUUGCCCCCCACUCACAGCAUGCUGGGGCUGUAUGAGGCUGAGCUGGGCCGCAGGGCCGGGGAGAUGGGCCUCCACCAGCUGCUGUUGGCCGCAGACCUGUGGCGCUGCCUGGGGAGGUCUGUGCCUCAGUACCUGCAGUGCCUGUAUGACUGCGCUAGCCUGCACUUAGGCCAGGUAGGUGUCCCUGAGAUAGUCCAGCUUCUGUAUGUGAUGGGGGAGGGCAGGCACUGCCCCAAAGAGCUAGUUCACCCCUUAGAGCAGAUACUGAUGCGUCACCUGGACCAGCUGGAGCCAGAGGAGGUAGGUGCUGUGUGCCUGGGCCUGUUCAAGUCCCAGACAGCGCUCUCGGAAGGAUCGGUGAACCGGCUGGUGGACAGGGCCCACUCGGUUGUGUAUGAGAUGAGUGACUUUGCCAUGGUGAAUGUGAUGAAGCUGCUGCGUUUUAGCUACCUGGACCAUCGGGCUUGGCUUGAGGUCAUGGCUCAUGAGGUGCCUCGCCGUGCCCCCAGCAUGGGCGUCCAGGGUCUGAUGCAUGUGGCACUGGCCUGCUCGUCCCUGCAUUACCGCAACGAACGCAUCCUCCUGGCUGUUGCUGAGCGCCUGCCGUCGUUAGCGCCACACUGUCGGAGCAAAGACUCGGGCAAGCUGAUAUGGGCCUUUGGGACCCUGGGUGUCUUGCCCAGCCAGUGCCCUAACUUCUACCCCAGCCUCAUUGAGGCCCUCCGGCAGAGAGAGGAUGAGUUCCAGCGCUAUCCUGAGCACCUCCUAACCGGCCUCCUCGGCCUGGCAUUUAUCUGUCAGCUCCCUGAGGACCUUGUGGCGUUAGCUUUGAGCCCCGAGUUUGUUACCCUAGCCACCAGGUCCAAACAGCUGGAUCUGAAGAAAGACUUGUUCACUCUGGAUGGGACGGUGGCGUUGGAGCUGCCUCACUGGACUGGCCCGCGGCUGAGUAGAGAGCUGCGGGAGGAGACAACGGAGAUUCUGUGGCGCUUUGCCCAGAAGGACGUGUGUCAGAAGGUUGAGGUCCUGGAGGCAGAGGCCGUGCUACGGGACCUUUUGGGUGGAGAGGAGUUUGUGAGCAAACGAAUGAUCCUGCCUCACACCCGCUCCAUCGACCUGGAGGUGCAUUUGAACCCUGUCGGACAGCCGCUACCUGUGACCUCAGUGCAGACAUACCCAAUUACCUCCCAGGAUUGGACAAUUUCUUCUGGCUCUUCUACUCAGGGCUGGGAGAAGAUCAACACAGGAGUCACUCUCACCGAGGACCUUUUGACUCAACUUACCAAUGGCAGAAAGACCCCCCUUCCCCCGACCAAAGCUUCUCAGCUGCCCCUCCUCCGAAGGACAGAGCCGGAUGAGGGAGGGGGGCUGUUCAGUGUGGGAGUCGACCUGACGGACGGGCUUGUGGGGACUCUGACCAAACGUAACAACCCAGGCCCACUUCCCAGGGACUCCCACAAAGCCUUCAUAGCCCCCAUCAGACUGGCCAUCCAGGUGACAAACAGGAACCACUACUGCUACCGCUCUCCACAGCUGCUGGGGCUGCACGCCAUGAAAAGGAGGCAGCUGAAGCUGACUGGAUAUCGAGUGGUGGAGCUGCCUCACCGUGAGUGGUUCCCUCUGCUGAGGCGAACCCACGCUGAGAAACUGGCCUAUAUGCACUGCAAGGUUUACGGCACCCUUGACUGACGUGUUCACAUGUUGAAGGGCUAGGUGGAGAUUAACAUUUUAGCUAACACCUAUCCAGUGCUUUUUAGAUCUCUGAACACUGAAGUGGUAGAGGCUAGGAACCAAAAUGAAACCAGGCCCAAGGCUUGCCAGGACAGUGUUUGUUUUUGUAGUAAGCUUAUGGGCAAUCCUUGUUGAGAGGCUGUUGAAUAUAAUGUCAGCUCUGGGAUUCGAUCCAGCAACCUUUCGGUUACUGGCCCAACACUCUAACCACGAGGCUGCCUGCCACCCCUGAUCAGUGUGAGAGGUGUCAAAAAUAAAUGUUAUGACUGCAAGACAUCACAGCAGCCAAACAUCACUUCAGCAUGUUCUUCAUGUGUGGGUUGGGACAUUUUUUGUUGCUAGGCCUAAGCUAAAUGGUAAAAGAGGAUCUAUUAAGCAAACGUAAUGUAUGAAUACUUUGAAUGUACAGUACAUAUCACUUCCCCACUGUUGACAUGUUUGCAGUAUUCCAUUAAAUGUCUGAUGGUCCAUUUAAAAAACGCUUCAGAGAACUCAUUUUAGUAUCUUCUGUGUCAUAACUCGGGGUUUUAGGCGACAUACAGUACCUUCGGGAAGUAUUCAGACCCCAGCUUUAUUCUAAAAUUGAUUAAAUUGUUUUUCCCCCCUCAUUAAUCUACAAACAAUAGCCCAUUUCUAAAAAGUGUUUUAUUAAAAGUAAAAAACAAAACAUAUUACAUUUACAGAAGUAUUAAGACCCUAUACUCAGUACUUUGUUUGAUUGGGUUCAAGUCUGGUUUCUGGCUGGGUCACUCAAAGACAUUCAAAGACUUGUCCCUAAGCUACCCCUGCAUUGUCUUGGCUGUGUGCUUCAGGUCGCUGUCCUGUUGGAAGAUGAACCUUCGCCCCAGUCUGAAGUUUAGCGCACUCUGGAGCAGGUUCAUCAAGGACCUUUCUGUACUUUGCUCCGUUCAUCUUUGCCUCGAUUCUGACUAGUCUCCCAGUCACUGUCGCUGAAAAACAACCGUCACCACCAUGCUUCGCCGUAGGGAUGGUGCCAGGUUUCCUCCAGACGUGACACUUUGCAUUCAGGCCAAAUAGUUCAAUCUUGAUUUCAUCAGACUAAGAGAUUACUUUUUCUAAUGGUCAAAGUCCUUUUUUAGGUGCCUUUUGGCAAACUCCAAGCGGGCUUUUGUGUAUUUCACUGAAGAGUGGCUUCUGUCUGUCCACUCUACCAUAAAGGCCUGAUAUGUGGAGUGCUGCAGAGCUGGUUGCCUCCACAGAUGAGCUUUGUCAGUGACCAUCAAAGACCAUCUAAAACACCUUUGACAAAGUGUUUUAGACUCUUGGUCACCUCCCUGACCAAGGCCCUUCUACCCCAAUUGAUCAGUUUGGACCGGGUGGCCAGCUCUAGGAAGAGUCUUGGUGCUUCCAAACUUCUUCCAUUUAAGAAUUAUGGAUGACACUUUGUUCUUGUGGACCUUCGAUGCUGCAGACAUUUUUUGGUACCCUUUCCCAGAUCUGUGCCUCGACACAAUCCUGUCUCGGACGGACAAUUCCUUCAACCUCAUUGCUUGGUUUUUGCUCUGACAUGCACUGUCAACUGUGGGACCUUAUAUAGACAGGUGUGUGCCUUUCCAAAUAAUGUCCAAUCAAUUGAAUUGACCACAGGUGGCCUCCAAGUAAAAACAUCUCAAGGUUGAUCAAUGGAAACCGGCUGCACCUGAGCUCUAUUUCGAGUCUCAUAGCAAAGGGUCUGAAUACUUUUUUUGUUUGUAUAAAUUUGCAAACAUUUCUGAAAACCCCAUAAUGACAAAGCAAAAACAGGUUUUGUGUGUAGAUUGCUGAGAAUUUUAAAAAAAAAUCCAUUUUAGAAUAAGGCUGAAACAUAACAAUGUGGGGGGUCAAGGGGUCUGAUAACUUUCCGAAGGCACUGUAGCCUAUCAUUAGACUUUUUCCCCCUCGAUUUUAUGGGUUUUAAAUAUUGCGAUAUUUAACGGCUUAUAACCUUACGUUUUGUGCUAUUUACCCCCAGUCCAGCUGUCUAUACAGUAUAGAUAUCUGAUUCAUGUCUAGCACAUAUGUGAUUUGGCCUAAAAUGUUCUAUUAUAAUUUGCCAACCCCUAAAUCCAGCAGUUUUUUUUCUCCCAGCUAUGUAUUUCUGCUUCACUAUGCACAUGCAUUCAUGUAUUUCAUUUAAUUAAUAAAAGUUAUGAGGUUUUCAUGUUAUUGAGUGGAGGCACAUAUGUGAAGGGUUUAAAUUACCAUUCAUUAAUGUUAAUCAGGAAUUCAAAGUAGGAUCUUAAAUCUAAAGCCCAUGUGCCCUUUUUGUACGUGCAGGAAAUUAAAAUAUUAUUGAUUGACUG